UCCUGACAUCACACUUAGUGGGCAUGCACUUUUUGAAUCGAUCGCUCCGCUAGGAUUUCGGCGCUUUGCUGUUGGGGACGUCCCGUCCGUGCGUGCGUAUCCAUCCGCUGUUUGCGCGAUAGUUCGGUACAGCAGGCAGGCAGGCCGCGGGAGCCAGCAGAACAAUAGAGUCUCUCGGAAGAGGCGGGAAAGUCUUCUCUUGCGCAGGCUCCUCACAAAGGGAAAGAAAAACACCCCCAACAUGUCGGUAGCUGCAACGCGUGACAAGCGGAGUGUCCUGAGCACCGACAAUGGCAACGGAGGCAGCGGGGAGCCCGACGGGCAGGAGCUACUGGAGAGCUGCGGGGUGUGCAAGAAGCAGUUACGGGCGGACACGGAGCCCCAGCUCUUACCGUGCCUGCACUCCGUGUGCCGGGCCUGCCUUCCGCCAGAGACCCCUGCGCCUGAGGUGGCCACUAACAGCGGAGACUUGGCUUCAGCUGUAGUUAAUUGCCCCAUAUGCAAGCACCAGUGCUUCCAGAAGGAUAUUGUUGAGAACUACUUUCUAAAAGUGGAACCCACUUCCGAACCCGUAACUGAAACAAUUCAGAGAUGUACCAGCUGUGAUGACAAUACUGUAGCAAAUAGUUACUGCGUCGAGUGCACAGAGUGGCUAUGUGAGACCUGUGUGGAGGCGCAUCAGCGAGUGAAAUACACAAAGGAUCACACCAUCAAAGUUAAAAGUUCUUCCAAAAAGGAAACAGAGCGAGCAGUUUACUGUCCUUUGCAUAAAAAUGAACCUCUCAUGCUUUAUUGUGAAUCCUGUGAUACCUUAACUUGCCGGGACUGCCAACUACAGGGACACAAAGAUCACCAGUACCAGUUUUUAGAGGAUGCUGUUAAAAAUCAAAGGAAGGUACUUUCUGCUCUGGUCAAGCGGCUUGGAGAUAAGCAUACGGCUUUACAGAAAUCUACUAAAGAUGUUCGAACUUCGAUUCGACAGGUGAGUGAUUUACAGAAGAGAUUGCAAGUGGAUGUAAAGAUGGCAAUCUUGCACAUAAUGAAGGAACUUAAUAAACGUGGAAAACUACUAGUGAAUGAUAUGCAGAAAGUAACAGAAGGUCAUCAGGAUAAACUGGAAAAGCAGCACUGGGCUAUGAACAAAUUGCAAAAGCAUCAAGAGCACAUCCUUAGGUUUGCCACGUGGGCACUGGAAAGUGACAACAACAUAGCCUUAUUGCUUUCAAAGAAACUGAUACAUUUUCAGUUGCAUCGUGCUCUAAAAGUUAUUGUAGAUCCAGUUGAGCCUUUAGGUGAUUUAAAGUUCCAGUGGGACUCUGAUACCUGGACAAAGCAUGCAGAGUUUUUUGGCAAAAUUGUAUGCGACAAAACAGGUGUUCCUCAGUCAUCUUCUGGAUCGUUGGCAGCCCAGUCUAUAAAUUCUGCGUCAUCUCAGAUGAUGGAUGACUUUGAUGGGUCUUCUGCAGAGGGAGAAUCUUCUGGAUUUGAUACUUUCCCUGGCCAGAAAAGAGGGCGCAGUUCUGAAGGUGAUGUAAAUGAGCUUUUAAAAAAAGUUCCACGUGUCAGUUUAGAGCGCUUGGAUGUAGACCUUAACCCCGACACUCAACCACCAGUCUUCAAAGUUUUCCCCGGAAACACAAAUGAAGAUUAUAAUUUAAUUGUAAUUGAGAGAGGGAAUCUUCCAGGGGAAGCUGUUGUGAAGGAAGAAGCCAUGGAAACAGGCAUCCCUAUCCCAACAUCUGACCGCUCUGAAAAAUCCUUAGUUAUUCGACCAGAUGGCUCGACAGAAACUGUGCCACCUGUAAUCCGCCAGCCUACUGCAGCUGGUAAUGCCACUUCCUCUGAUUUCCAAGGAGCAAGCAGCGGGGGAUUUUCUGAUGGGCUCAGUGGUGCCCGUUGUAAAGUGUGCCAGAAGGAAGGAGCCCUACUGACAUGUAGCCAAUGUAGAAGCCUUUUCCACAGAGACUGCCACCUACCAUCAGUCAUGGAAAUGACAAGUGGUGCAUGGAAGUGCAUGUUGUGCCAGGAUCUCGUGCCCAAAAACGAUCAAGGCGUCGACAUGAUUCAGUCACCAGCUGUAGAUUCCAGCCGUCUGUCUCCGUCUGAUCAGAAGAAAUGUGAACGUCUGUUGUUGGAAAUGCUUUGUCAUGAGCCGUGCCGGCCCUUCCACAGGUUAUCCUCCAGUUCAGAAAAUGAUCCUAUGAUUGACCUUACAUUUAUUCGUGCCAGACUGCAGCAGAAACGCUCCCCUUCAUAUAGUACACCUGAAGACUUUGUUAGAGACGUGUGGAUGAUGUUCAGAAGCGUGAGCAAACUUGCAGAGGACAAAGCUGUGGUGCAGUCGAUCAUUGAGCUGCAGUCUUUCUUCGAAACAAGACUUAACCACCUUUUUGGUGACCGCAAGUUCUCCUGUCUCCUGGGGGAGUUUUUAAGUGAGGAGGAGCAGCAAAGCGUUACACAAAGAAGUUCCCCGAUGAGCACAACCAGCGAGAGUGUAUCAUCUGUCAAAAACACCACUGAGCAGGAUUAAAACUAUCUCUUCUAAUAGAUGAAGUCAAGAGGAUGUGUAUGAUUUAUUUCUUAUUGUUUGGUCUGUGCACAUGACUGGCAAAUUCCAGUAAAUAUGUCCCUCACUCCUCUUUUUGAGUCCUUGGUUCUGUUUGGAUAGUAAAUUUGAAUCCUAAGGAAUGGGAGGAUCCAUGAUAUUGACAUUAAGCGUCACCUGGGCUACACAAUAUUUAGGUUAAAACUAGGUCGAAUUUCUGUCACCUUAAAUGUUUUUUCCCAUUUUCAAUUUUGUGGAUUAUUUCACUAUGCCAUUUCAUUUUUUGGUUACUUGUUGUAAUGCAUCUUUUGCCACAAAAGCCUACUAAUGAAUAGGGAUGCACCGAACCCAGUUUUUCGGGUUCAGCCGAGAACCCUGCCGAAAAAGGCUGAAUACCGAACCGAAUCCUGGAUUUGGUGCAUCCCUGCUAAUGAAUUAUGAAGCCUCUCUUACAGCAAGGUUUAUACAGUGGUUAUAUCUUUCAGUAAGGCCAUCAUAUUGCUUUUAUUGUGGGUCCUUUUUGGACAUUCAUCAGUUUGAACAGAGAAGUCUCCUUGUAAUUUUAAAAACAUUGUCACAAAUACAGUAUUACAUUUAGUAAAUGCAUAAGAUGUGGGAGUAUUUUUUAAAUUGGUGGAGAAGGUCCCCUUUUUUUUUUUUUUUUUUAAUUUCUUUUUUUCUGUGACUGAUAUUAUAGGGGAAAUAUACCCUCCCUCUUUUUACAUAAGCUUGUUCAUUCUUUAAAAUGCAUGAAUUGAACCUUGUUCCUCUGUGAAGUGAUGAAUUCUGGGACUGGCAAAUUCCAAAUGGGCUGCUGUAAGAUGCCAUAGUCACUAUUUAGUGGGCAGUUGAGUGUGGGGUGGGGGGGCGCGUAUCUGGCAUGAAGCAGGGUAAGAUUCCAUGCCAGUACUGAAUAUGGAUGUUUCUGAAUGGUAUUUAGUGGGCACGUUGGGGGUGGGGUGCUGUUUGCACUGCUCUGUAUUUCAAAUGCCUAUUUGUAAUCCCACUGUGUAACUACGAGAAGUUGGGAAAUGGUUUCAUUUGAAUUUGUGGAAUCAGUUAUGUCUGUGCAAAAAAAAAAAAAAAAGUAUGUGGGGGUAUAUUUUCCCUUUAAUGUUGGACCAAGAAAAGAGUAUGGCAAUGAUAUCAUUAUCUGUAUAAAAAGCUCCCUGACUUUAUGGGAGAACUACAAGGUGCAUCAUGGAGGGGCGGUGCCAAGCUGUUACACCCCCCCCCCCCCCCCCCAAGGAUUCAAUUUACUUCUUAAGCUGUACAUGUGCUCAUUUUGAAUAGGAACAGGAAGUGUCUGGGAAACUGGACCAAUAUGGUUGCACGGUGCUCAGGUAACACACCCUGUCCUGGUGCAUUUUUGGAAGAGGAGCUCCAGCUGGUACAGGGUAAACUACUAGAAUUGCUAGAGGGCCAUGUGAUUCUACCUUUCUGUUCUUCUCUAUAAAACAAUUUUUUUUUUUUUUUAGUUAAAGAUUCCCAUAUUAAUACUGGCAGACCAAUCCAGGACCAAAUCUUUUUUGUUCUUUUGCUUCUGAUUUAGCAUUUUGUCAGUGAUAGCCAUGAUAUUUUAGAUGUGCUCCGCUUUAUUCUCUGAGAUUGCCUUGGAUAUAUAUAUAUAUUUUUGUUUGCAGGUCAUAAUCUAAGUUGGGUAUUAUCAAAGAGAGAGACUUCCUAAUAUGAAAGGAAAUGAAGCAGAACAAUCAGUAAUGUGUGUUUCAGAUGCAGAGGAGCAUUUAUUUAACUACUAAAUAAUACUCUUAAUGUUCAAAAAAGCAAACAAACUCCCUAUCCAGUGAGCAUACUGGCAGCAGGGGAAUCUGACCAAGCAUUGGGAUUACUGUUGGUAUAGUUGGACAGGUUUAACACUAGUCCUUUCUCGUAACCCUAAUGGUUGUGACCACACCCAAGACUUUUUUUAUUUCCAGUUAGUGAAAAAAACACUAGCAAUUUGCAUCCCCUUAGAAUAUAUCCUGCACAUAAGUCUACUCCUUCCCCCCCCAAUAACCCUGUAACGUUAAUGCUGGCUUUUGUUUCUGCUUCUGUGUCAUGUUUUGUGUUCCGUCUCUAUUUAUCAGCUGAUAGACCAGUAGGGUGCACUAAUGUCUGCAAGCUCUGGUCACGUUGCAUAGACUGCUUUGAUGUGAUCUGGGACAGGUAUUGGACCUGUUAUCCAGAAUGCUUGGGACCUGAGGUUUUCCAGAUAAGGCGGUCUUUGUGUAACUUGGAUCUCUAUCUUAAGUCUACUUAAAAAAACAUUUAAACAUUAAAUAACCCAAUAGGAUGGUUUUGCCUCCAAUAUCCAAUUAUCAUAGACAUCAGUGAUCCUCAUAGAGGAAUAUAGAAUACGGGCUCUUUGUGAGUGGCUCACAGGCCUCCUGUGCAUAUUUACACUUUAUCAACUGUUUUUGUUUCGGUUCGGUUUGUUUUUGAUUUAUUACAGCAUUUACUAUUUAUUUGGGACAUUAGGGGUAAGUGAAAUUGCUUUCUGACUACAAGAAUAGUUGUAAUACACACUGCAAUACCCUUCUCUUCUGCCCUGGAAUACUACAAUGAGCAUAAAUUGAACCUUGUUCCACUGUGAAGUGACGAAUUCUGGGACUUGAAUUCCCUCUGCUUUUACUUGGAAUGGGGCACAGAUUCUGAAAAGCAGAAUCCAGUCCGGACUGACAAUCUGCAUUCUGGCAAAUUCCAAAUGGGCUGCUGUAAGAUGCCAUAGAUAGUCACUAUUUAGUGGGCAGGGGGGGGGGGGGAUAUCUGGCACAAAGCAGGAUAAGACUCCAUGCCAGUACUGAAUAUGGGUGUUUCUGAAUCCCCUGUUACUACAAACUGCAAGUUUCUGUACAGCUUUAAGUUACAUUUGACUGUUGUCAUUAUACUGUGUAAGGCAGGACUUUCCCUACUACUGUCACAGCCUUUUAAAUGUAUCUACUAAUUAUCAAUGCACUGGCUUUUGCCCAGCUGUCAACUUUAUCUGGUUAUAAAAUUUUGUAAGAGCAGUAAACAGUCUGGAGAAUAUGAACUUUUUUUUUUUUGGUAAUAAAGCAACCCUAUCAAUUUCUUAUAUCAUUGGUUAAAAUAAAUUUGUUUCAAUUAUUUUUGUUUCACAAAAGUGCUUUUUGUUUUAGUUUUGUUUACCUACAAUUUGCCAUUCCUAUAAUGCUUGUAUAUUUUAGAAUGCUUUCAUGUUGAAUAAACAGUUGUAACACGG